AGGAAAACUUAUCUAUUUUUAAGAUGCAAAAACUAAAAUUUUGCAUAAUAAAAAUAAAGAAAGAAGAAUUGAAAUCAAAAUUUUGUCUCUUGAUACUGUAAAUUUUGUGUAUCGGGCAUAAAUAGGGCGUGUUAUCUCUCUUUUUUUUCUCUUUAUCUAUCUAUUUAUCUCUCUAUCUAUCUUUCUCGUUCUUUUUUGUACUUUUCUCAGUGACUGUACGUCGUAGAGAAUUCGUUUGAAAUUCCAACGAGUCGGGUUUCGUCGGUAGGAUGCAAGGAAAACGAAACAACUCUCUCUCUAUCUCUCUUUCUUUCUCUUUCUUUCUUUAACCGAGAAUCCGAAAGUAUUUUAUCUCGUCACAUAUGUAGAUCGGUAGCACAUAGAGCGUGACACUCGUGUUAAGCAUGUACGCUUUCUGCGGCGUAGGAACGGCUUCUCGAAUUACUCUCGUAUUCGCAAUUGCAUUAACGGUGGUCUACGAGUCUUAGCUUCUCCAGCAGUCUAGACGUGUACUACGAAACGACGAGAGUUGUUUGGUGCCUUCGUUGGUUUACAGACUUGAAUCUCAUCAUCUCGUUUACAAACAAUCUAUAAUAAGUUAGCCGUAUAUUUCAUCGCUUAAGAGUUUCGUUACAAGCAUUCGCGUAUUAUUACAAAAGGUAAGGAAGGAGGGAAGGAAGAAAAAGAAGAAAAAAAAGAAAAGGAAGUGGGAAGACUUUCGAAGAGUCGAAUUUCACUUUGGGUGAUUUUUUUGGAUUAAAACACGCACAAAAAGUCGUUAAGAGGAAAAGGAGGAGAACUAGCGCGGAGAUCGUUGAUAUUCAAAGAAUUGAAAGAAAGAGAGAGAGAGAGAGAGAGAGAAAAGGGGUAGAAAACGACGAUCGAAGGGUAGAAAUUUUGUGAGGGACAAAGAUACGUGGCGAGGGUGAGUCGAGAGGACUGGAGGGAGAGAAAGAGAAGAGAAGGAGAGAGAGAGAGAGAGAGAAUAGAGGAGAACCAGGAGCUGAAAGUAGGUACUUCGAAAUAUCGACCGGCAGCCUGGACCACUCCGAGUCCGUGCUAUACCCCACUGUUUCCACUUCCUAGCGUUUUCCUCGUUCACGAGUGGUAAAAAGGCUGUGUGCUGUUGCUGAUACUGCUGCUGCUGUUGUUGCUGCUACUGCUACUACUACUGCUAUUGCUGCUCAUCGAGCUAUCAACUGUUUUCCUUUUUUGUUUCUUUCUUUUUUUCUUUUUUUUUGUUUUCUUUCCUUUUUUAAGACAAAUAAAGAAAGAGGGGACGGUUAUUAUCGUUUCUUUAUGUCGAUAUUGAUCCUUGUUUUUUAUACGCAAUACAAUCGACAGAGACAAUCAUGAAGAAAAUCUCGUUAUAGAGGUAUAAAUAAAAAGAGAUAUUGUUGUUAAUAAAAGAAAGAAGAAAAAAAGAAAAAAAAAAGAAACGAUGGAACUUUUAAUAGAUCGGAUAUUUUCUUUUAUAAAACAUUAUUAAUACCGAAUGUUAAAAGCUAUUGAAAUACGUAUUGUAUUUUUAAUUUAAAAGAAAAAAGAAAAAGAAACAAAAAAAAGAAAAAAGAACAUCGUAAAGGUUAAUGCUUUAUUAAUACGUGACACGGCUAUACUUUGAACGGUGUCUCUCUUCCUUCUCUAUCUAUUGCGAUAGCCAUCGAGUAAAAAGUGUCUGUGUCGAGUGUACGAGCUCGUGCGGAACACAAUAAGGUCUGCGCCUCAACCCCUGAAAUGCCACGGGGACAAAGGGUGGUUAAGCCCUUCUCUGGUCGAAGAUGCACACCAUACGACGUCGAGACUUUGCGGCCUUAAGUAGACGCGUCGAAAGUUCGUUGCAGUCGUACUUUCGUCGAUUAUAUCGAUAAACGGAUUAGAAAAGAGAACAAAGAGGAAUUUUCGCGAGAGGAGAAAAAGAAGAAAAAAAAGAAGAGGAGGAAUAAGAUAGAAGAAAAAAAAGAAAAAAAGAAGAGGAGGAAUAAGAUAGAAGAAAAAAAAGAAAAAAAGAAGAAGAACGAAACGAUUUUCUAUUCAUCAUUUUUAAUUACUACACACUUUGAAUAAGGAUUCUACGAUACGACGAAGAAAUCAUUUUUUAACAGCGAAAAAGAAAAAAAAAGAAAAAAGGAACGGUGAAGUGUCGUCUUUUCUUUAAAACGUGAGAAAAAAGGAAAAAAAGAUACCAGAAAAACAAAAUAAUUAAUAAAUCGAUUGUUAUCAUGGAAGUCGAGAUCGUUCCACUUGUUGAAAACAAUACGGCUAAUGGUACAAGUUCGGUGCAGGCAGUGAACAGUAGAGUGCAGAUUAUCAAAAAGAAACGAACGUCGCUCUUCAUCAUCAUGAGCUUCAUUUAUGCGAAGUUAUUGGUCGUGGUGUGCAUCGCUUAUGUUAUAAGCGAGGUGGUAACGCACAAAUUGCCGCUCUACUAUUAUGAAGGAUUUUUCACGUAUCUCUACGGUGCGAGCAUACUCUUCCUUCUCUACGUGUUCUGCUUCCUUCUUCAAGAGAGCGCCUGCUGUGCGCGCGGCAGUGAUACACCGCCACCACCACCGAGACCACCUAAACCACCGAAGGAGCAGAAGGACAAGAAGGACAAGAAGGAUAAGGAUCAGAAAGCUGCAAAGAACAAGAAGGAUUUUCAGGAUGCUGCAGACGUGGAAGCUGGCGUUGCAACGCGUGCAUUACGAAAACGAAAAACUUCUCAGAAUGAUCACAGUCAUGGAAGUUUUUUUCUUCGAAUCGGUGCCAUAGCAUUCGGUUUGGGUACAAUGAUCUACAACGGAUUGGAAUUCGGAGCAUUCUUUGAGGUACCACCGACUUCGCCCUGUUAUCAAAUACUUCAGGGUGUUAAUCCCGUUCUUCAAAUGAUCUUCACGUUCAUGCAGAUGUACUUCAUCUUUAUGAAUUCCAGGUUAAACAUUCAUCGAUUCAAAGUAGUUGCACGAUUCGGUUUGAUGCACGUCGUCGCGACAAAUCUUUGCGUUUGGAUACGAACGUUGGUACUUGAGAGCCUCAAGGAGAUCACUCAGUAUCAUCAACGAUUGGGACAAGAGGAGGCCGGAAUUUUAGAGAGUAUAAAACAACACUCGUUGAGAAACGCUGGAGCGAUCUUAGGUACAGAACCUAGGGACAUGGCCCAGUUACGGGAUGUGCCGUUGCACUCAAUUAUAAAAACAACGUCAGUAGCUUCGACCUUGAUACCAACAACGGCAGAAUCUCUUACCCGAGCGAUGAGAACCACUGUCAAAGCAAUCCCAAGAGUAGCGACUACUUUAUCUACGGCAGCCUCUACGGCUUUCAUGACCUCACCAACUACGACCCAGAAUAUUACAGCUACCACGACCACAACGACAACGUUUUUGCCCAAUUUGACGACUACGGCCGCUACUACGUUAUCCACUUUGUUGACUACUUUGACUACGAGAAGCACUACCACCGAAAGAACGACUACACCGAGUACAACGCCUUCUACUACUACACCGACGACUACGACCACGACUACUACAACAACGACUACACCAGCUUCUAUUUUAUCGAAUGCUUUCGGCGAUCUCUUUGAUUCAUUUCAAGCUGACACCAAAGAUCAGGUACACGAAGUAUUUUACGUUAGCAAUGCGACGAACACAAGCGAUUACUGGGGCCAGAAUCUUGGCUUUUAUGCGGAAGCUUUGACGGAGGAUGGCACGUUAACAAACUCCUGUGGUCGCGUCAACAUCAUGGGUACUAUCGUCCAAGACGCAGCACCCUACUUAUUCCCCUUCAUUAUCGAGUACAGCCUGAUCGGCGCUGCUGUGAUAUACGUCAUGUGGAAACACAUCGGUAGACACCCGCGUUGGCCUCAUCAAGCGGAAGCCGAUCUCGAGCGUCGUCUGGAAGUCAUGCUUUCGAGAAGGGCUGUAGCCCUGGCACAUGCAGGACACGCCAGAGUGGAUUGCGUCGGGGCAAGCAAGGGUCUAUUCUUUGGUCUGCUGCUACUGGUCGGUUCGUUGAUCUGUCUGAUACUCUUCUUCGUCCUGAUACAUCACUCCGAACUUGGACUUUUGGCGAUUUAUCUGGCUGACGUUUCUCACUGCGUUUUGAUGGCUCUAUCGAUCAUCGCUAUCAUCGUCGGUUUCAUACGUGUCCAAAGUCUCAAGUUCAAGGCCGAAGAACAGAGCGACUUGAACGACAUACUUUUACGUGUCUCUGCUUUUGGACUCUUCGUCUACGCCGUUUUCAGCGUGAUCGCUGGUUCCUUAGCAGCGUUUACCCACGAACCGAAUCUUUUGGUGAUGGUUACCGGCCUUCUCUCAGUAGCCCAGGUUGUCCUUCAGAUGUUAUUUAUCGCUGAUGUUUCACGUAGGCGGGUACACCUUCCCGAACACGAUCGCAGCAAGCCAGGACGUCAAGUGGUCACCUUCCUUCUCAUUUGCAACGUAACCAUGUGGGUCAUUUAUACCUUCGAGAUGCAAAAGGUCAUCGCUAAUCCCGUACAACUUGACUUUUAUGGAUUCCUCGCUUGGGCUAUCGUUCAGAGAGUUACAUUACCUCUCUGCAUAUUCCACAGGUUCCACAGCGCCGUAACGCUUGCUGAAAUUUGGAAGACUAGCUAUAAGGCACGUCUCGAGUAAACUAUUGAGGAAUAAAAUAUUUCUCGGUGUGUCCUUACACUGUCAGCUAGAGAAAGAAGGAAGAGAGAGAGAGAGAGAGAGAGAGAGACAGAGAGAGAGACAGAUAGACAUACAGAAAGAAAGAGAGAGAAAUGGAUAGACAGACGUAGACAGACAGAGAGAGAGAGAGAGAGAGAGAGAGAGAGAGAGAGAGAGAGAGAGAGAGAGAGAGAGAGAAAGAAUAUCUAGAACGAAACUGAUAAAGAGACAGAAAGAAAGAACGAGAGAGAAAAUAUUUAAAAUGGAAGUGGUAAAGAGACAGAAACAGAAAGAGAGAGAGAGAGAGACAACUCUUUGAACUUCUUUAUUUUUUUCUCUUUUUCUUUAUCUCUCUCUCUUUCGAAGCGA